AUGUCGACACAUGCCGUCGCUUCGCUGCGCCCUUGGGAGUCCGCGCUUCAGGACGCGAAUUCCCGCGGCCACUUCCGCUCGCGGUCGGGGCCGGGCUGGAGCGGCGGCGGGGGACAACAACAGCUGCACCCCACAAAGAACCCCAACACCAACCCACCCACAACACCCUCACGCCGACACCCCCCAUUCUACCACCCGCACCACCCCCUAAAAACUCCAGGCAAACCUCCUCCCCUCACAAGAACCCCCCCGCCAAAACCCACGGACUUCCCACCCCUACACCACCCCGACAACCGCCACACCACCCCUCAACCCACCCCAACCAUCCCAAUCCAACCAAUCACCACUACCAAAACACCCACACUCACCCCACAUCGAACAAUCCACCUACACCCAAACCCCCUAACACACUCAGUCUCCAACCCCGACAAAUGCACACUACCUUCAGUCCCGCAACCUACCCCCGCACCCAUACACUCCCAUCCCCGCGACAUAACCUCCCAACCCUUAACCACCUCCGACACCCGUCUAACACACACUAUACCACCGACCCACAUCUUCCUCGAACCCCAACCAGCCGCCCCACCGCAACCCCCACAACCACCAAACCCCACCGACCACCCACCGCGCCUCCUCAUCCAAACCACCACCUCCACCCCACCCACCCUCACCUACCUAAAACCCCAACAACGCCAACCGCCCUCCCCCUCCGACCACCAACACCGCCACCUCAACCAAUACCCCCACCUACACCCAUCACUACCAUCGCCCACACGCCUAUCAGAACCACACCCACGAUUAAACCCAACACCCCUCACCCAGAAGCACCCCACAACCACCUCACCCCACACCAUACCCCCCCACACCACUAGACCAACCCCCCACCACCCUCGAAACCCUCAAACCAAUCCAAAUACCCAAACCCAUAUCCCAACGUAA